CGAGCUGUGCGUUACAAGAUAAAACGUGCGUAUUAAAUUAGUGACUUCUUAACAGGAGAAAUACGUAAAACCGCCUAUUCAGUGAAUCAAAUACAGAGAACGCAUCGAGAGACUUUCGAAAGAUACAUUUGUUUCCUCGAAUCGAGAUAGCUCAAUAAGAAGAAUAACGCUAAGAGAGGUCAAUGCAGUGAUCGGACAUGGCCUGGUUUCUCACAAACGGCACAAAGCUGCUAGUCGGUCGCAAUUACGUGUUGAAUGCUUUGAACUAUAUUAAUGAACUGAACGAGUCUUUCAGUGCUGAACAACACAAAUGUCUCGAACGUGAACAAGAACAUGAAAAGCAGAAACAAGAACAGCAAGAAUGCGAAGUGAGCUGGGACACCAUACUGUGCUGGCCCCGGACGAUUUCCGGUACCUUGGCUACUAUUCCCUGCUUCGACGAGCUUAACGGAAUACCUUACGAUAAUACUCAAAAUGCCAGUCGCUGGUGUUGGUCGAAUGGAACCUGGGACAAUUACUCCAAUUAUUCUAUGUGUCGCGACGUGCGGUUACCAACCAUCGAGCCCGGUAUAGAAAUCACGACUACACUAUAUUUCAUCGGCUACAGCCUUUCCUUAUUUACUCUAAUAAUGGCGGUCUGCAUAUUCAUCUACUACAAAGAAUUACGAUGUCUUAGGAACAACAUACACACGAAUCUAAUGUUUACUUACAUCCUGGCUGAUUUGACGUGGAUUUUAACUACUAUAAUGCAGGUAUCCAUGCAAACGGAUAUACCUACUUGCGUGAUAUUAUUCUCGCUUCUUCAUUACUUUCAUUUGACAAAUUUUUUCUGGAUGUUCAUCGAAGGUCUAUAUCUAUACUUAUUAGUCGUGAAAACAUUCACUGGUGACAAUAUCAAAUUGAGACUCUGCUUAGUGAUUGGCUGGGGUAUCCCGGUGCUUGUGAUAGCCCUGUGGGGAAUCGCCAAGUCGCUGGAUCAGAAAAUCAUGAACCACAUCAUGAAUCAACCUAACCAGGAAGUAGUACUUUGGAGACAUUGCCCUUGGAUGAUACCGCAUCCGUAUGACUGGUUUUAUCAAGCGUCCGCUGUAAUAGUUCUAGCAAUUAACAUGAUAUUCCUUUUCAUGAUUAUGCAGGUGCUGAUAACGAAGCUUUGGUCUUCUAAUAACGUGGAGACGCAGCAAUAUCGAAAAGCCAGUAAAGCUCUCUUGGUAUUGAUACCACUUCUAGGAGUGACAUAUGUGUUAGUCAUAGCUGGACCUACUGAAGGCCAAGUCGCCAAUGCAUUCUCUUAUGCGCGUGCGAUUCUGCUUUCUUCGCAGGGAUUUUUCGUGGCGUUGUUUUACUGCUUUCUCAAUACUGAAGUACAGAAUACAGUUAGGCAUCAUUUCGCACGAUGGAGCACUACGCGAAAUCUUGAGAGCCGUCGGAGGUAUUAUAACAAUUGGUCCCCUCGUUCAAGAACGGAGAGCAUAAGAUUGUGCCAACCAUCGAAUCCGUACCGAAAACGAGAGUCUACAGUAAGUGAGACUACCACUACGACAGUGAUAGGCCUGAAUUCCACCACGACAUUUCACCUUGAUAAAUCCAAAGGGGUUAUUUCGGAAGCACUCAACGAGUGAUAUAAGAUUCACUAUAGAGAUUUUAAUGUAGUGGAACAAAUCCCGUCGCAUUGUUGCAAUUAGUAAUAUCGCAGAUUGCAUCACUCGAUUAAUUAUGUUCUUUACACAAAUGGCGGACCAUUGUAUAAUAUAUGAAAAUAGUUGCAAUUCGCAAUUCGCUUUCCUCGAGAUUCUAUUAUUCUACAAUUAAUUUUUUGAAAGAAAUAUUCUCGA